AUGUAUGUUGCAAUAGGUGGAGGAGACACAGUAUCACCAAUUUUUCUAAACUCCCCCCCCCCCCCUCCGUGAGCGAACAAAAAAAUUUUGUUCGCUCACGGAGGGAGGUUAAUUUUUUUUUUUAAAAAAAAUUUAUAUAUAAAUUUUAUAAAAAAUAUUUUUUUCGAAAUUUAAAAAAAUCCUAAUUUGCAAAAAUUGGGAAGCAAAUAUUAAUUUAAAUUUGCAAAAUUUAUGUUUUAAAAAACGCAAUUUGUUUAAAAAUUAAACAGAAUUAGCUCUAGAUUUCAUUAUACUAAUUAUCACUUAUAUAUCAAAAUUUUUUUCCAUUAAAAUUUUUUCUAUUAAAAAAAUUUUUGUUCACUCACGGAGGGUGGGUUUUUGGUCAAAAAAAUGGCGAUUUUUCUAAUGGUUUUGUUCGCUCACGGAGGGGGGGGGGGGGGAGUAAUUGAUUUAUGGUCAGAAAAUCAUGAUGAGCCAUCUGAAGACACUGAUUACUGGAGUGGGACAGAAGAUGUAAUAGACGUUACAGGAUACUAUAAUCUAUGCACUCGUAUAGAUUUCUCUUUAGGACUUUUACAAUGGACGGCUGAAGAGCUGGAAUAUUCAAUACCAGGGAAAUGGGCUCGAUAACAAUUUAUAAUAGUUAUUAGUAUAGGAUGAUAUAUAAGUAAUAAUUGUUUCUAACUCCCCCCCCCCUUUAAAUUUGAAACAAAAUUUUUUUGUUUCAAUUUAAAGGGGGGUUAAGAAAAUUUUUUUUAUAAAACAAUUUAUAUAUAAAAAUUUUUUCAGAGAUAAAAUUUUAUAGAAAAUAAAUUAUAUAAAUUUAAAGAGACAAUAAAUUGAGUAAAUUAUAUUUAAUAACAUUAUAAUUUUAUGACAAUGCCUAGUCGGUAAGUUAGCAAGUUCUAUUUUCUUAAAAAUCGCUCUUUAAAAUUUAGAAAUACUAUUUUAGAAAGUUUUGAAUUUUCACGUUAAACUUAUAAAAUUUGCAUUUAAUAGUUUUAAAAAAUGGAAAGUGUUUGAUUUUUAAUUUUAAUUUCAUGAAAAAAUUAAUUCAUAAAUUUCUCAAUCUCAAAGUGUAAACUUGCUGAAAUGGUAUUCUUCUAACUCUCCCCAUAACAAUUGGACAAAAUAGAGUUUAAUUUCUAAAUCUUAUAUGUUUGAAGCGUAUUAAAUAGGGUAUUAACGUAUUUACAUAUAAAAUAAUGAUUUUUACCUAUAAAAUUUUGUUUCAAUUUAAAGGGGGGGUAAUUUCCCAAAAAAGUAGGAAUUUUACCUAUAUUUUGUUUCAAUUUAAAGGGGGGGAGUAAGUCAAAAAGAAAGACAUUUGUUUAUGAAACAAGUUGAAUUCGGGAUCUUAUGGGAAGAGUUUGGGUUGCUAUGUAAGCGGACACUAAAAAUGGAACUGGGCAAAGAGUGAUCUCAGGAGAAAGUAGCCGAUAUGUGAAAGAAGUGCAUAAAGACUGCCUUUAUCGUGGUUCCCAGCAGCUUGGGACAGUGUAAUCUGAACUAAUCCUUGUUCCUGAGUCGCGGGAUUUUGUUGUGUUCGAUCCAUUUUUAUUGCCGACUUUGACAAGCCAAGGUAGCUUGGCGAGCCUAAUUAUAAAUGAAAAUGGAAAUAAGCAACGCUACAAUAUUUUAUAAAAGAUUUUUGAUUAUCGUUGAGCAUCUUGUAUAAAAUAUUUUAAUCUACAUGCUUAAUUCUGGUAUAUGUAAAGGGUGAUACUUAUUGCCGUUAACGUUUAACAGAUAUUACUUGAUGCGGAUUAGGAAGCAAAAAGUACUCACUAAGAGAAGCUUAUAGAUAUAUUAUAAUUAAACACUUUGUACAAAAUAAUUUCAAAUUUACACUUUAAUCUAGUAUAUGUAAAGGGUGAUACUUAUUGCCGUUAGCGUUUGACAGAUAUUACUUGAAACGGAUUUGUGCGGUUUAGGCUGCAAAAAGUACUCACUAAGAGAAGCUUAAGCGUGCAUUAGAAUUAGAAAUCUUGCACAAAAUACUUUCAAAUUUGCAUUUUUAAUAUGGUAUAUGCAAAGGGUGAUACUUAUUGCCGGUAGCAUAUAACAGCUAUUACUGCAAGUGGAUUCGAGCGGAUUAGGCAGCAAAAGGUAAUUAUUGAAUAAAGCUCAUGCAUGCAUUAUCGUUAAAAAUCUUGUAUAGAAUAUUACAAUCUACAUGUUCAAAUUCUGGUAUAUGUAAAGGGCGAUACUUAUUGCCGUCAACAUUUAACAGCUAUUACUUGAAGCGGAUUCGAGCGGAUUAGGCAGCAAAAAGUAAUUAUUGAAUAAAGCUUAAGUGUGGAUUAUCGUUGAAAAUCUUGUAUAAAAUAUUCUAAUCUGCAUGUUCAAUUCUGAUAUAUGUAAAGGGUGAUGCUUUAUUACCGUUAGAAUUUAACAGAUAUUACUUAAAGCGGAUUCGAGUGGAUUAGGCAGUAAAAGUUAAUUAUUAAAUCAAGCUUAAGCGUGCAUUAGAAUUAGAAAUCUUGUACAAAAUACUUUCAAACUUCCACUUUAAUUCUGGUAUAUGCAAAGGGUGAUACUUAUUGCCGGUAGCAUAUAACAGCUAUUACUGCAAGCGGAUUCGAGCGGAUUAGGCAGCAAAAGGUAAUUAUUGAAUAAAGCUUAAGCGUGCAUUAUCGUUGAAAAUCUUGUACAAAAUAUUUCAAUCUACAUGUUCAAUUCUGGUAUAUGUAAAGGGUGAUACUUAUUGCCGUCAACAUUUAACAGAUAUUACUUGAAGCGGAUUCGAGCGGAUUCGGCAGCAAAAAUAACUCACUAAGAGAAACUUAUAUGUGUAUUGUAAUCAAAAAUCUUGUCUAAAAUAUUUAAAACUUGCAUUUCUAACUCUCGCACAGUAUUCAACUUUUUAAGGAUCUCAUUUCCUUCAACUCUGUUAAACUUAUUUUUUUAUCAUCCCUAUACUCUUUCGGCAAAUGCAAAUUGAGGUGUAUAGGGCGAAUUAAAAACAAUGUUUAUCGAAAGAUGCCUAUAUAAGUUGAUAUUUUCAUUUUGUUUUUUCAUUAUUAAAAGCAUUGCUGCUUGCCUAUUAAAUUUCAAGGGUCUAUUGUCUGGUGCACUGUUAUAUUUUGUAUGUAUUGUAGCGUUGCUUAUUUCCAUUUUCAUUUAUAAUUAGGCUCGCCAAGCUACCUUGGCUUGUCAAAGUCGGCAAUAAAAAUGGAUCGAACACAACAAAAUCCCGCGACUCAGGAACAAGGAUUAGUUCAGAUUACACUGUCCCAAGCUGCUGGGAACCACGAUAAAGGCAGUCUUUAUGCACUUCUUUCACAUAUCGGCUACUUUCUCCUGAGAUCACUCUUUGCCCAGUUCCAUUUUUAGUGUCCGCUUACAUAGCAACCCAAACUCUUCCCAUAAGAUCCCGAAUUCAACUUGUUUCAUAAACAAAUGUCUUUCUUUUUGACUUAGAAACAAUUAUUACUUAUAUAUCAUCCUAUACUAAUAACUAUUAUAAAUUGUUAUCGAGCCCAUUUCUGGUAUUGAAUAUUCCAGCUCUUCAGCCGUCCAUUGUAAAAGUCCUAAAGAGAAAUCUAUACGAGUGCAUAGAUUAUAUGACCCAAGUUAUCUAGAUCCUGCAACAGGAGAAACAACAACAUUUAUCAAUGCGACUUUCUCAAGGCUUUUAAAUACUGGAGAUAUAUGAGACACAAUCAUAGAAGCCGACAAGCACAUCGACAUUAACUGAGGGUAUAAAAAAGGGAAAAAAUUUGGCUUCGAUGAGCAUGAUUCAUAUUCUCAAGGAAGGAUUAAGUUCGCCAGAAGUGCAGAUAAUGAAUCAUUUUCAAAAGAAGACAGUAAAUACUUUGGACUGGCGAUUCAUUUAGUUCUUAUGACGAUUUUCUGAACUAUAAUGGCUCCAAUCGCAAUUAUGGUCGCAAGAUAUGGCAAACACCUUAAAUGCUGGUACUGGUGUCACCUUAUUUCUUUUGCCAUCGUUAUUAUUGGUACCAUCAUAAGUGUCUCAUAUGCUUACCAAAUCCAUCACACACCAACAGUUCAGACUACUAAAAAGCCUAGAUACCAUUCAAGACUCGGGUUUAUAAUCACUUGUCUAAUAUUAGGCCAGGGCUUCAUAGGCUUAAUCUGCAAAUUCCUCCAAACUAAAUCUUCAGUCUUCAGCAUUAUUUCACAAGUAAGGAGAGCUCACAAAGCAAUUGGCUAUGGACUACUUAUUUUAGCCCUAAUGAACAAUACUUAUGGUUUUGCUAUCAUGUCAAUGGAGAUAGUGCACGAUAUAAUGCUGGCCAUUUGUUUGGCUAUUAUGUUUCUAUUUGAGUUAAGGCAUCAAUUGUCUUUCUGAAAACCGGGAUUUUUGUGUUUAAAAAAACUGCCUGAAAUGAGUCAUCAAGAAGCAAUGGAAAUGAUAGAGAAAGAGGGAGCAAAAUUGAUGUUUUGUGAUGAGCUUGUGAUGAAUAUCGGUCCCUUUAUCACUUCUCAUCCUGGUGGUGGAUAUAUGCUACGAGAUACUAUUGGAGAAGAUGCAGGAAAGUAUAUGGUGGGUUGCAGUAGCAUUAAUGGGGAGCUAAUGCCAUAUGCGCACUCUCGGCCUGCAUUUGAUUACACUAAAAAACUUGCAAUUGCGAAAGUUCCAUAUCCUGAAGGAUACCUAGAAAAGCUUGAUGAAAGCGAGACCAACAAUUUGAUGCACUGGGCAGUCAGUUUCCAGCAUGCUUUAAAUGAAACCACAAGGCUCAUUUCAUUGAGUUCGCCUCAUUUUCGACUUAGUCAAGAGCAAUUACAACCAUCUUAUAUUGGAAAGCACUUUAAAGUUACAGCAAAAAUUGGCGGCACUGCGAUUUCAAGAUAUUACAGUGCCUUUUUUGCCGAUCUCCAUAGUUGGGCACAAGAAUUAGAUAAUAGUGGAAAGUUAUCCAAUAAUUAUCCAGCUUGCAGCGAAGGAAAUUUGCAGUUGAUAUACAGAGUAUAUGGUCUUGGAAAAAUAACCCAAUAUCUUAGCAAUUUAUCAGCUGAAAACAUUGUAGAAUUAAAAGGUCCUCUUGGGCCUGGAUUAUUAUUAAACAAUUACUCACUCCCCCCCCCCCUUUAAAUUGAAACAAAAAAUUUUGUUUCAAUUUAAAGGGGGGUUAAGAAAAUUUUUUAUAAAAAAUAUUUAUAUAUAAAAAAAUUUUUUCAGAGAUAAAAUUUUAUAGAAAAUAAAUUAUAUAAAAAUUUAAAGAAUUUCAUGAAAAAUUAAUUCAUAAAUUUCUCAAUCUCAAAGUGUAAACUUGCUGAAAUGGUAUUCUUCUAACUCUCCCGAUAACAAUUGGACAAAAUAGAGUUUAAUUUCUAAAUCUUAUAUGUUUGAAGCAUAUUAAAUAGGGUAUUAACGUAUUUACAUAUAAAAAAUGAUUUUUACCUAUAAAAUUUUCUAUUAUAAUAAAAUUUUUUUUCAAUUUAAAGGGGGGGUAAUUUCCCAAAAAAGUAGGAAUUUUACCUAUAUUUUGUUUCAAUUUAAAUGGGGGGGGAGUCAGGGAAUUACUUAGGAUUUGCAGGAGGCACUGGAAUAAUUCCAUUUUUAGAUGUUGUUCACUAUUUGUGGUUGUCAAAAGAUAAUCCUUCUUCCUUGAAACUUACAUUAUUUGCAUCAUUCAGAACCGUUGAAGAUGCAUUUUGCAUAGACCUGCUCGAAGAGACUUCUAGAAUUCUGGGUGAAGAUAAGUUCAAAUUUGUUGUGAUGGUAGACAAGCAAGCUAAAGACAUGAACUUCCCAGAAAUCAUUAAGAAAUAUGCAGGAUCUAAUCCUGACAGAGCUUGGGUUUGUGGCCCUUCAGGCUAUAACAAUUUUAUAAAGAGUCUUUUGAUCGAAGGCGGCCUUGGGAGAAAGAAAAUUAUUGUGAUGUAA